ACGGAAGUGACCAUGACCAACUUCCAUGUUAGCGUUUUUAUUGUUGUUAUUUAGACGUUUAUUAACACAUUGGAACUCAAAAUAUGACUCUUAACUGCACAUUAUAACAUAAUUAUCCCAGGUAGUCUUUAAGUCGCGUUGGAGACGGGACUUGGUUGAUAUUUUAUCAAGGUAACAUUAGCUAGCUGCUAAUGUUAGCUAACAAUGGCUAACUGUAUGGUUUUUCACACUCAAAUAGCCUCCAUUAUGGAGGUGCUAGCGAAUGCCGCCGUGGUAGAGGUCUGUAAACUUGUAGACGACGACUAUGCAGUGUUUCGUUUGGAAAUAACUCAAAGCCAGAAAGAAAACAGGGCAUUACGGAGGAAACUACAGCUACUGGAACUGAAGGUGGCACGGGAGCGUGCAGAGAGGACAACGCCAGACCGCGUCCUCUCCAGUUUCCCCAGUAGUUUCAAGUCCCUCGACCGAUACAGAGGAAUGACAAGAGGUGAAGGACAUCUCACUGGAGGCUACAGGAGCUUUGUGAAGCCAGCGGGACACAAUACAUGGAGAGAUGACCAAACAAUCACUGUUGAUGAGGAGAGUGGAACCGCAACCCAGCAUGUUAUCGUAAUAGAGUCUGCAGAUACAGAGGCUGCAGGUCCUGGAGGAUCGUCUCUGGUCAAGCAGGAAAGGACUGAAGGAGACGACCCACAACACAGCAGAGACAUCCAGACUGGAGCAGCGGCUGGAGUGGCACCCCCUGUAGCUACGGACGACCUCGCCACCACGCCCCAGCCCAGGACCCGACGUAGCAUUACGGAGGAGGAGGGUCCAGAAGUGCUUCUGGUGAAGGAGGAGGGGUGUGAUGAGGGUCUGGGGAACCCUGAGGGGACCAUGGUCAUGGAGGACAACCAGACUACACCACCUCCUGAACCCACAGAGGAACCAGCUGAGCAGCACAGGACCACACACAGUCUCAAUGAGUCAGUAAACAACAUGGAGGAUGGGAAGCCUGAUCUGCUGCUGGUGAAAGAGGAGACAAUAGAAGACGGACAAGAGAGCAUUGAUCUGCUGAGUGGACUAACGAUGGGGGAGCAAGGUGGUUGGCUGGAGGCUAACAGAGGAGACUGGGCGGCCAGCUUGGAUUCCCAGACCCAGAUGGGUGCAGCCAAGGGCCCAGGGGACAACGUCAACGAGCAUGCCAGGACCAGAAGCGACAUAGUGGAGGUCAGUGGAUGGGACAGCGUCCUCAACUCUGGGCUGUGGAACAACACUGUUAACCUCAACCAGAAACCGACAGUGGAACACAAAACAACAUCCAAACUUAGUCUCCAAGACAACAGACUGGCUGAGACUAGUGUGAGGCGCAGAUUUGGUCUGCGGGGACGAGGUGAUGUCUGUAUGCAGCGAGAGCGAACAGAUACAGACUUGGCUAGCAAUGCUCCUUCCUGCUCCUAUAGUUGUGAUUCAGAGAGACUGAUGGCACCUCAGGUUAACCCCCCAACAGGUGCUGCCUUCAGCCUGCCUUCUAUAGGAUCUAUCAACUGGAACAUGGACCCUGUGACAACACAGACACUCCCUGGCCUUCAUCCUCCUCAAACUCUCCUAAUGUUAAACCAGAACUCAGACAAUGCCAGUGCCUCAACACUAAAUGGCUAUACAAGCUCAUUGACAAAUGAAAAUAGUAGAGAUGGAAUCAGUAAAGGUGAUAUCGCCAUAGAGAAGCGCUUCCCGUGUUCGUUCUGUGGGAAAGUCUUCAGUUUCUCCAAACAGGUAGAGAUCCACCAGAGGGUGCACACGGGGGAGAAACAAUUUGGCUGCCACCUGUGCCGAGCCAGUUUUUCGCACUCGUUCAGCCUGAAGAGACACCAGAGAGUCCACACAGGGGAGAAACCGUUUAGCUGUACCCAGUGUCACAUGCGCUUCGCCCAGGCUGGUGACUUGAAGAGGCACCAGAGGGUCCACACGGGAGAGAAACCCUACAGCUGCCUCCAGUGUGAGAAGAGGUUCACCCGCCAGGACCAGCUGAAGAUGCACCUAAAGGUCCACAUGGGAGAAAGGCCGUUCGCCUGUACGCACUGCGGGAAGAGGUUCUCAGAGAGGAGCUACCUCAGGAUACACCAGCAGAAAAACCAUCCCACUCUAUAACAUGGAAAGUAACCAUUCCUCUUGAUAGCUUCUGAUGUUUAGAUCAAAUCAUGCAUUAAAGACAGAUUCACUUUCAUUGUUGUCAGCAGAAAAGAGCCACCGAUGCAUUUGGAAUAACCACAGUAGCAUAUUUCAGUGUUGAAUAUUCCUGGGUAAAAUACUGCAUCCAGACAUUGUGUGAUAUAUAAGCCUAAAAAGUCUGUUACAUAGUGUUUGUACUGUGUAGGCUAUAUGAUGUUCACAAAUUCAUUUUAUUAUUUACCCUCAAACUUAAUGAGAAAAUGAGUUCAGCUCAAACUUAAGUUCAUGCUGAUUUUUUGUUGUUGUUGAAUAUGAAUAUUUUUUGUAUAUGUGUGGUUUUCAUAGUGUAUUUAAAUCUGUUUAAUAAACACAA